AUGCCCCAACGCCUGUUAACCUUUCAUUAUCCUGCCUAUGCCCUCGUCCCCUGCCCUCAGUCACACGUAGGCGCGACCACUCACGCAUGUCCUGCCCCGGCACCCUUCAUCCCCCCGUCUCCCCUAAUCCUUCUUCCCCUCCUCCUUGUCCCCCCGUCGCUAAACAGAGUUAGUCCCACAAUCAUCCCUUGUCCCAUGAGUCACCCUCGCAUUUGCAUGGUGGUCCCAGUAACUUGCGAGUGGGGCCACCCCUCUUUCCCAUUUUGCGUCUUAACCGUCACCCUUUUGACCGAGCAAUCGCCGUUCACAACCCCCACAUCCCUUUAUGCCCCCACUCCUGUGAACCCUGCGAUAUCAUUCCCAUCCCCUCGUCCCCUGCCCUCACUCACGCACAGGUGCGGCCACCGUGUCGCGCAUGUCCUGCGCCAGCACCCUUUAUCCACCCGUUUCCCUAACCCCAACUUCCCCUCCUCCCCGGCCCCCCACUGCUUAGGUAUCAUCCCCACAAUCAUCCCGUAUCCCAUGGCUCACUCAACUGCAGGCGCGGCCGCUCGCCCAUGUCCUGUGCCAGCUUGCGCAGCAGCAUGCGGCCUGCUAGAGGGGGAGAGGGGAGAGGGGGAGGGCGGAACGACUUAUAACCAGCUUGCGCUGCACGAUGCGAUCGAUCUGCUAUUGCUGGCACACAGCCCUCACACACCUCGUUGGGGAGGAGGGGGGGAUUUGGAGAAGCGGGGCUGGGAGAAAGGGGGAAGAACGACUUCAAGUUAUGACCAGCUUACACAGCACCAUGCGGUCUGCUGGCAUGUGGUCCUCAUACACGGCAUGUGGCUGGGUGAGGAGACGGGCGGAAAGAGCACGGGGGAGAGGGAACAGAGGCACCAUACGCCACGUCCCCCUGCCUCGCCCGCACCUCAAGGAAGGCGUCUGCAAUCUUGCAGCGGGACCACCCGCUCUCACUCUCCAUGCCCAUCUGCCACCGCCGCUCCGCCUCCCCCUCCUCCCCCCUUCCCCACUCCCCUCCUAGCCAUCUCCCAGCCCUCUCCCUGGCCCCACAUCUCCCCUUCCCCACGCCCACGUCUCCCUGUCCCUCAACCGCACCUGGAGGAAGGCAUCGGCGAUCUCUUCGCAGGAGAACCCGCUCUCAUUCUCUAUUCCCAUCUGCCACCGCCGCUCCGCCUCGCGCGGGUUUGA